GAGGAGCCAGAGAGUGACGUCACGUGUCUCCUUGGCACCGCAGUGUUGCGUGUGUUGUGUGGCAGUGGCAGUGAGCGGCGGCCAUGGAGAACCGCAAAGUUCACACCUGCGACUUUUACCGGACGGAUCCGGACCUGCCGCGGAGGUUUAACGACCCCGACUGUUUCCAUGGUUACGGAGGGAAACAGACUCAUCCGUUAUACCGAACAUCCAACCAGACCUACGGCAGUGAGAAGCCAACAGUGCAUGAGAUGCCGAUGCAGUAUCGAGGGAAGUGCUGUCAGUUUUCAGAGGCCCUGCUCCAACAUGGGAUGUAUCGGGAUAAUACGUUCAAUACCAACAUAACACGGAGCAGAGUUACUGUCACCACGGAAACCCAACACAGGAGGGCCGCCAUCCACCACCUCUACCACGCUGGAAACCAAAGUGGUCAUGAAGGCAGCAGUAAUUAAACACAACAUGUUGAAAGUC